CUGAUUCUUUAGGUUUGGUCAGGUAUAAAAGGAAAGGGUUAAACCAGGUAGGAAGGUAGAGCAGGAGCAACAGGUCAACAGCUAACAUGUCCACCUCUGGCAUGAACAUGAUGGGCAAGAUCAUCUUCUACGAGGACAGGAACUUCCAGGGUCGUUCCUAUGAGUGCAUGAGCGACUGCGCUGACAUGUCCUCCUACCUGAACAGGUGCCACUCCUGCAGGGUGGAGAGCGGCUGCUUCAUGGUGUACGACCGCACCAACUACAUGGGAAACCAGUACUUCAUGAGGAGGGGAGAGUACUCCGACUACAUGCGUAUGAUGGGCAUGAGUGACUGCAUCAGGUCCUGCCGUAUGAUCCCCAUGCACAGAGGCCACUUCAGGAUGAGGAUCUACGAGAGGGAGAACUUCGGUGGUAUGAUGCAUGAGCUGAUGGACGACUGUGAUAACAUCAUGGACCGCUACCGUAUGUCCGACUGCAUGUCCUGCAACGUGAUGGACGGCCACUGGCUGAUGUAUGAGCAGCCCCACUUCAGAGGCAGGAUGAUGUACUUCAGGCCCGGAGAGUACAGGAACUUCAUGAGCAUGGGCAUGGGCGGCAUGAGGUUCAUGAGCAUGAGGCGCAUCAUGGACUCUUGCAACUAAAUGUUCACUAAAUGUUCUCUAAAUUAACAUA